AUGGAUGGAGCAGUUUCUUUUCUACUUGAUAUAUUGGAGUCACUGAAGCUAUCGGAGGUGUCAAUUGGGUUAGAGCAAUUAGAGAAGCUUUUGCUACAGCUACUUCCUGAAAUGAAACAGUAUCAAAAUAAUGGCACCAUGUCUUCGGACCUUGACGACUUCAUCAAACUACAAGACAACUUUGGCUUUAAUCUCACAUCGUGCCUUGUUAAACUAUAUAGAAAAAACCUUUCCAAAAGUGAUAUCGUGUUGUUGAAUAGAAACUUGCAGGGUUUAUUGUUGUUACACCCUCCAUCAAAAACUGUUUUCAAUCGUGAAGCGAAUAUGCAACUGAUUUUAGAUUUGUUGAAUAAAGAUGACAACAAACUUAUCACUAUAACGACUAUCACGACACUAAUACAUAUCCUAUUGAAGAAUUACGAUAAUUAUCGAAGUUUUGAGAGUAACAAUGGGUGUCCAAUGUUGAUUCAUCAUUUGAGUUUAGCUUCUGUGUACGACAUAGAAGUGGAUGGUGUACCACAGCCUAGUUCAUUGGGUAAAUCCAAAUCGUUGUAUUCUAUUGAGCAACUUUUGAAUUUUAAGAUAAUUGAGUUCUUGAUGCUUUACAUGAGUGAAGAGAUUGGUAAUCCCGAUCCACAUACAGUUGAAAUGAAAUCAGAUUUAUUUAGAGACGAGUUUCCAGCAAUUGAUUUAUUGAUUGAAAGUUUGAGUGAAUUGGAUAAAUUAUAA